AACAGCUGCAACAGCUGGGUUGGAUUGGAUUUAUUCAGAAUUACGUUUCGAGAAGAUAAAAAAACAGCAGUUUAGGUGACGGAAUAGAAAACAUGGAAAUUUUGGUCUCGUCUACUCAGAUGUUUUGCAUGGACGAACGAUAAAAGAGGUGAGCGAUGGACAAGCAUGGGUUGUUGGUGGUGUCGGCGCUCUUUGCGCUGCUCGCCGUCCUUGUCCUUUCGCUCGAGUGGCUUUUCGUGUUCGUCACUAUUGCUGUUUCGAUCGGCGCUUGUGUCCUCGGCUUGGCCCUCGGCGUCCGCAGCUUCCUCGCCCGCCCAGGCAGUGGGAAGAUCGACCUGCAGGUCAGGAAGAAACCUAGUCAGGACGAAUUGUCUCCGUCGAAGCGAGCUGAGCUGGUGCUCGAAUACUUACAGGUCAAGGGCCAAACACCGUGGAAAAAGAAGGCACUAAACUCUCCAGAUUUGUCUCCAAAACAUUCCGACGCCAAGUGUCUGCCUGUUGUUUUUGGACGAAUGGUAGACGCCGUUCUGCAGCAGUUGCUGGAUUAUGCUCUCAGGGACUACCUGGCAAACUUGUUGCAAGGUCUCUGUGCUAGCCCAGAUCAAUUAACAGCUCUCUUGCGGGAGGAUAUUUGGGAGGGAAUAAAGAAUUUGCAUGAGCGGCUGGCACAAGUUGACCAGACGCAGUUGGUCGCCUGUGAUAUGAUAACCAGAGUUACUACCCAUUUUGAGCGACUGAGGUUGGCGCAGGGCGCUGCCAUUCGAGUUGGAGGCCCAGCUGUGAUUCAUGUUGCACCCUAUGUUGAGAAGAACAUAAAAGAAGAGGACUUUAUACGUUCACUGUCCGAAAUGGCUGUGGUGCUAUUGAUGCCCGAGAUUUACUCGUCCAGUCAGCUGCUGCGACUGCUUGUCCGUGAGGUUUUGGCCCUCGCAAUUCUCUUGCCUGCCGUUGACUUGAUAUGCGACCCAGAUUUUAUCAACCAAAAAAUAAUCGCCUACAUCCACCAUCAGCAGAAAUCAAGGGCAAAAAAGCGCCAAUUGACAAACAUCGAGAACUACGAAGAGAUGAUCAAGAAAAUAAAAGACUGUGAUGACUUAGACAUAUUAAAACAUAUCAGGUACAAUAUUGUUACGGAAAUUCUACAGGUCAAUGUGAAAUUUGAGCUGGCUAAGGAGGCUGCUUGUGAAGAGAAAACUGACUCAAAUGAUGUUCGCCGCCUAGGAAGUUAUUUGAAUCAACUUCUCUAUGCAAAACGAGAGUGCGAGAAGCGUUUACGAGCCAUGGGUUGGAAAAAUUUUGCCGACGAGACUGGCUCAGAAGCAGUAGAUGAGAGCCAACAGCAGUUCUUGCCACUGGUCAGCAUAAUUGAGAAUAAUGAAGGGCGGAAGUACCUUCGUAAGUUUCUCCAGCACCAUUCUUCGGAGAUGAGGAGUCCUGAGAGCAUCGAUGCCCCUACGGCCUACUUGGACUACUGGGCUACAGCCGAGAAAAUGCGACUCUCUCCGCGGCAAAUGUGGCAUCAGUUGGCACAAGAACUUUACUACACUCACAUUUAUCCUCCCUCCUCUUUGAUCAAAGUUGAUAAAGCCAUAAAGAAAAGAAUGGAAGCAUUUUUGCUUGGGGACCAGGGUCCUGAAGUGUUUUACGAGGUGCAAGAUGACGUUGUUGGCGUCUUGCAAGAAAAGUACUAUCCCAUUUUUGUAGCUAGUGAAAAUUACAAUAAGAUGAUAACAGUCAUGGAGGAAGCCGCUCUCAACGAUCAUGAAAACAACGAAGGUCUGAAUGAAGAAAAAAGUGAAAAAAAAAACAAUAAAUUUUUAUUUACAGAGUCCAAUUCUCCAGUGGACCCUGAUGCAAACAAAAAAAUGAGCAAUGCUGGUGUUGAGCCUCCUAACUGCUCUAGACGGAAGCUAAUGCAGCUGGAAGAAAAACUGAUCACCAAAAAACAAGCCCUGCAAGCCUUACGCACAUCUUUGAAGCCGGAGGCAAAAGCAUUGAUGGUGCUUGAGCAGGAAGUGGCUCGACUCGAGGGUGAGCACAGACAGCUCGAGGCUCAUUUGACGAGAACUGAAACCUGGGGUGAGCACCUAGGACGUUGGAGGGCCAUGGUUCAGUCUACGGAGAUGCCAGAUGAAAGGGAACCGCCACAGUUUGUCCUUGUAGUGCAUGUUUUGGAAGACGAGCAUGACGCAGAUGCCAUAUCCACUGGUUGGGUGGUGCUCAGAGGGCUUCCAGACUUCUUGGAGCUCCAUAGAAAACUAUGCCAACUGGAUUCAAGUGUAAAAAAUCUGGAGCUUCCUUCAUUUUCAGGCAAGUUUUUGUUUGGAAAAACUUUAGACAAACCUGCCUUGGAGAAGGCCAAGUUUCAAAUCCAGAAUUAUUUGGAGCGCAUUCUUGGUGAUGAUAGACUAAACACUUGCGAAGCCAUAUACACAUUCUUAAGUCCCAGUGCUGAUCUCUUAAAACAUGCGUCCCCAUCCCCGAAGAAACACAAGUUUUCACUUUCUACACUUUUUAAGAGUAAUGGCAGCAGCGGAAGCUUAGGCAUUGGUGAAGACAAUUUUGUAGAUCCUGAUCUAAUAUUUGACGACGAAAGCAGGGUUGAUGGCUCAGGUGGACCAAGAGGAGACGCAGUAGCAGAGCCUCUUUAUUCCCUCUUGGGCGAGAUUUUUGACUUACGGGGAUUGUUCAGGUGGCUGCGCCGCUCGCUCAUUACUUUUGUCCAGAUCACAUAUGGAAGAACUAUAACCAGGCAAGUGAGAGAAACAGUAGGCUGGAUUUUUUCAGAACCGAUGCUGCAUUUUUACCUGCAAGUUUUUAUUAGUGCGUGGUGGCCUCAUGGCCAACUGGCUCCUCCUGCCCCACAAAGAUCAGAGAAAGAAAAAGAGACAACGAAGAAAGAGGCAAGGCAAUUAUUUGUAGAUAAUGUGCCAGAGAUACUGUGCAAUCUGGUCGGGAAAGAAAGCGCCAGGAGAGGUGCAAGGAAAGUCUUUGAAGCGCUCCAGGAGAAGGUUUACAAUAAGCAAUUAAUUUACGAAUUGUUAGAAGUAAUAUUAUAUCAAACAUUCCCAAAAGAACUCAUGUCCAGCCCCCGCAGACUAGCUCACUUUAGGAACUGAAAUCCCAAGGAUGAAUGAUGAAUUUUAACUAAACCAACUUAUCCCAAAAGCACGCGAGCUCACAGCAACACACUUCUAGGUCUUUCCAAUUGAUUUUAUUUGUAGCGGUGAUAACGAUUUGCCGACGGAGGCUCGUUUCUCAAUGUUAAUAGUGAUCAUGGGAAAUCAUGUCGAGAUUUCAUUUGUACCUUAAUAUGAUAGAGCUUUAUUUAUGCAUUCCAUGACUUGAGGAAAAAUAUAUAGCUUGUCAUCGUGUAUUUUUGUGAACGGCCAAGAAUAAAAUCUGUGGAACUAAACUUAUUAAUUUUU